AUGCUCAUUUUAGUUCUAUUUUCACACCUUCUCUUAUUCUCCGAGGCCUCGGCGGCAGGUCCGCUGAGGCGAGGAGAGAGAUUGAGACACCGUGGUGCGCAGGGGGGCUUGAAGGUUUAUAGGUCGGCGAAUACUACGGGCAUUCCUACCGCGACGACUACGUCCUUGCCGAGUGAAAUCCAACCAUCGUCAGUUGUCUCCACUUCGAGCGCGAGUUUUACUUCAGGCCCGGCUGGAUCUAAUUCUUCCGCUCCGAUAAUCCCGUCGCCCACGGGCAAUCCUGCUACCAUUCCUACCUUUAACUUCUUCCCAUCUUCCACAGUUCCUGUUGGCCCUCCCCCUGCGUCUACUGCAGACUUGGUUGCCUCAAGCUCGACCGCGGUCGCCAUCCCGUCAAACUCAACUGCAAGCUCAUUUGCAGCAUCUGCAGGACUAUCUCUAUCUACGUCCUUGUCUCUUCCUCUUGCGUCAGAAUCUUCAGUUGUAUCUCUUACCGAGUCUCAAUCAACCUCGACAGCCCAGAGUCAAAUCUCGCAGUCCACACAAUCAACGCAGUCCACGCAGAGUAGCUCCGCGGUUUUGGUGUCUUCCACUUCCAUAAACUCGAGCGCUAGCACCACCCUUCCUUUAGCGACAAGCUCUGAAAGUGCUAGUAGUCUAAAAAGUCUAACCGCGUCGGCUACUGCCACAUCCACUCCGCUUACAACUGCUUCAUUUGAGUCAGUUGUGAAAUCAUCUUAUGUAUCUCAUCCAGUAACGCCGACAGGGACACUAAAUCCUCAGGUUCCCACCAUCAUUAGUUCCAUCCCUCCUUCUUCAACGACAGUUUCGCCCGAAGUUCUUGCUAGUAACCUGGCCGAUGCAAAGAGUUAUAAUCAGGUCUUCUCAGGUUUGACUGAGAAUUCUGCUUGCGCUUCUGGGCAGGUGGCCUGUGUCCACGGGAAUAUCGCCAUGUGCUCUAGUGCCGGCGCAUUCGAGAUUACUCCCUGUGCCGACACUUUGACCUGUUAUGCCUUGCCUAUGACGACUGUCAGGGGCGUUCAGAUUGGUUGCUGGAAUGAUGCGACCGCUCGUAACGCUUUGGGUGGUGCUGUGCCCCCUGCAGAAAGCGCAAGUUCUUCUGCCUCACCUACGGAAACCGAAACGUUUGACGGGUCCUCGGUCAUUGUGACGUUCACACCAACAGCCACCCAGACAGUUAGGACCACCAUCAGUCAAGACGUAUCCACACAAUCCUCUCCAGCAGCCAGCUCUCCAGUUCCAGCUCAACCUUCGGAGAAAACAGUAACAGUCACUUACAUACCGACUACUUUUAGCACUGCGACGCGACCUUCGAGCUCGCCCUUACCUCCCAGUAUAGUCACAGUUUCUGUGACAGUAACAGCCCCCAACCCAGCUCCCACGACUGCAACACCAGUUGAGACCACGCCCACCGACUCUGGCCUUCAUGUAAUCCCAAUUGAGACAGAUGCAUUCGAUUUCCCGGGUCUUCGAGGUGAUGGUGGGAACGACCCUAAAGAUGUCCCAUUUUUUACGAAGCCGAAUAACUUCGUUGCUAGUUCGGCGACUCCAGUUACCGUCACUGUCACUGUAACCGAGAAAGAGACAGUGACGGAGACGAUCGUCGUUCCCACACAAGGCUGA